AUGCUCACCCAGAUCGCCAAAGAUCCGACAAACUUCGUUGACUAUCUUGGUCGAAUGACCGGGAGCAUGGCAACGAGCAUCGCCUACGGCUUUCGGCUACCCAGUGUUGAUGAUCCACUGACUCACGAGAUGUUGGAGAACUCGCACGGAUUCUUCCAAUGCGUGGCACAAUCCAAGUUGUUGGACUGGUAUCCGUCACUGAGACCACUAGCGGGCCUUCUUCCUCGAACAAUGAACCCCUGGGCAUCACAGGCACUGAACGCAUACGCCAAGGAGAAAGCAACGUUCGGGAAGGCCUACAAGAUGGGUCUGAGCAGUGCACUACCGUGCUUUGCUCUCGAUAUCGAAGCUGCCAAGCCUGACAUGAAGCUACUGACGGAUCACGCCGCGACUUACAUUGCGGGCAUUGCCUUCGAAGGCGGAGCUGACACCACGAGAUAUACAUUGCAAGGUCUUAUCAAGGCCAUGGUCUUGUAUCCGGAAGCGCAAAGAAAAGCUCAAGCUGAGCUUGACAACGUCGUUGGAGCAGAUGAGAUCCCCUCGAGUCAUCACCUGAAGGAUCUCAAGUACAUCAACCAGACGGCGAAGGAGGCUGUUCGAUGGAUGCCCACCGCCAUCAACGGGGCAACUCCACACGCCACUGUGAAGGAAGAACAUUACCGAGACUACCGCAUACCUGCUGGUGCCACCAUUGUACUGGCUGUUUGGUCGGCCAAUCAUGAUCCCAAAGAGUUUGACGACGUGCGAAGAUUCUAUCCCGAGAGGCAAAAUCCAGACACAUCCGUAUACGAGUCCGCAAACUUGGCUUCUCCAAAGGAGCGAGGUCAAUGGGGCUUUGGAUCUGGCCGCAGAAUCUGUCCUGGCAUGCAUAUUGCGCACAACACACUCAUGCUCAGCAUUGCUCGUCUGCUGUGGGCAUUUGAAUUUGGAAAGGCAAAGGAUGCUAACGGCAACAUAAUCGGGAUCGAUAGAGACGCAAUGGUGGGUGGUCUGGCCGCGAUGCCGGCGCCGUUCCAAUGCAGUAUCACGCCAAGGAGUGCCGAGAGGGCAGCCUUGAUCAGCAAAGAAUGGGCCAAGUUGUCUGAAAGGAGCCUCGAUGCCAAAGGCAACUAUAAGCACAGUAUGUUUGAUGAAUGA